AUGAGUGCGAACCGGGCGCUGCUGUCGCCUACUGGGCGAUCGUCGGCCUUGCCAUCCCAACCACCUUUCCGACGUGCGCGCUCGGCCUCGACUGGCCCCCCCUCGGCGAGCUCCUCGGGUGCAGCGACCGCGCUGACGAUCGACACGAGCGGCGCGGCUGCGACGUCAGCGGCCAGCGCGUCGGGUCUGGGUAGCUCGAACCCAGGCUCGGCAGCAUCCCCGACGCGACGACCUCGGAGUGCAUCCGUGCUGUCCGUGCAGGAGGUACCAAUCAACUACGACGACUCGCUCGACCAGGCCGCGCUCACCAACGUCAAUGCCGAAUGGGUCAACUACAAGGGUGCGCUUUCGCGUUCGUAUUCGAGCGAGCUUCUGACUCGGGCGUGGUCUCCUCCGAGGCCAUGCCUACGGACGACGUAACAUUUGCUCUGUGGUCCGAUGGCCAUGCCAGAAUCACACUCUUCUCGAGUGGGCCAUCGUCCAAAGGAGUCCUGGCGCGCUGGACCCGGCCAGGAUCACGAGGUGGAGGCGAACAGAGGCCGUCGUCGUCAUCGGUGGCUCGGCGUGCCAUCAGGCAGUGCGGGUCUAGUUUCGCAGGUGCAGGUCAUUGACGAACGAACAGUCACCCUCCCCACAGGUGCUUGGCUCAUCCAUGUCAUCGGAAUCAUCGCCGGGAUCGUCAUCCUCGACAUUAUUCCGGGCACCACACCGGAUCUGAUAUGGACCAUCGUCAACCUCGGCUAUCUCUUCGUGAGCCCUCCUCCCUCCCCAGCGUGUGUAGGCACGCGACACACCACUGACGGUACCCGAGCGUGAACAGAUCUCGUACAUCAUGUUCCACUACGUCCAAGGCGUUCCGUUCGACAUGAACAACUCGGGCGCGUACGACUCGUUGACGUUGUGGGAGCAGAUCGACUCGGGCGCGCAGCACACCCCGGCCAAGAAGUGGCUCACCACACUGCCCAUCGCCCUCUUCCUCGUGUCGACACAUUACACCCGAUACGACUCGCACCCCGCUUUCUUCACCCUCAACCUCGUCUCGCUCAUCCUUGUGGGCUUGGCACCCAAACUGCCCAUGUUCCAUCGUCUGCGGUUUAGGUUCUUUGACGGUGGGGCCACACCCGGUGAGUUUUGGUCGAGAUCAAUAAACGUGUGAUCCGUACUGACCCCCUCGCCUGUUCCGCCCACGACUUUACAGAACCGUCGGCACCAGCAACACCGAACGAGGACAGCAUUACAGAACUUGGGGAACGGUCGUUCGGCACGUUCCAAUGA